AUGUGCGGCCUGCCUGCGGCUGGCAAGUCGACACUGUCGGCAGCGCUUCUGCGGGACGGCGCCAAGGAGCUGCUGCCGCGGCUUGCGCCCUUCGGCGUCUCGGCGGUGCGGGUGUUCUGGCUGAGCUUCGACGACGUGCUCGGCAACCUGGCGGCGGCCUGCGGUCACACGGGCUACAGCCCGGAGCUGUGGCACCAGGCGCGCGAUAGCGUCCUGCGCUCGGUGCGGCACCACUUUGGCGUUGCGUGCGGCGACGGGCCGCCGCCGGCUCCCCUCGCGCAGCUCGGUGAGAGCGGCGGCGGCUCGGGCAGCAGCGGCGGUGCACCCGCCAGCGGCGGCGACAGCUUCGACGUCGUUCUGCUCGACGACAACAUGCACUACCGCUCGAUGCGGCGCGUGUACCACCGCCUCGCCAGGGACGGCCGGCUCGGCUGCUGCACUCUCUGCCUGCCUCUGCCUCUUGCAGAGGCGCUGCGGCGGAACGCGGCGAGGCAAGAGUCCGCCCGGGUCGCGGAUGCGACGGUGAGCCACAUGGCCGAGGUGCUGCAGUGGCCCGACCCGGCGAGGCACCCGUGGGAGUGCAGCACCAUCUCCCUCCCCUCGGCCUCCUCCUCCGGCGCAGGCCCGCCAAACGGCGAGGAGGCCGAGGAGGCCCGCGCAGAGGCGGCGGCCGCGACCGCCGCGAGCGCGGCGCACGCGCUCGACCUACGCUUGCGCGCCGCCGUGUCGCUGCACCUGCAGUCCGAGGACACGCGCCGGCGCCCUGCGGCGGAGCGGGCGGCGCUAGCGCGGGCGAUGAGCUGCCGGAAGAAGGAGCUGCUGGAGAGGGCGAAGGCGGAGGCGGACCAGGGAGGAGGGGGGACGCCGGAGGCGCGCGAGGCCGUGGCGGACGCCCUCGACGCAGAGUUCACGGCCAUCUUCCGGACGGGGGGCGCGGGCCGACAUCCGCCGGCCGCGAGCGGCAAGAGUUGGGGCUGCGGCUACGGCUGCGUGCGGUGUUGGACUUUAAUCUUUUGGGUCGGCUACGGCGGCUCUACACGCAGAGGCCGCUGUCGCCGCGCAGAUCGGCGCGAGCAGUCGCUCGAGGGGCUCUACUGGCUGGCGGUGCUCAAGGGGAAGGCGUACACGCUGGCCGAGGACACGGUCGUCAACACUGACACCAUCCCCGCGGGCUAUCUCGUGGUCAAGGCGCAUUGGCUCAGGCUCGAGCAACGCGAGUGCGAGGGCAAGCUUCGCUCCUACACGCUGCUCGAGGCCGAGACGCUCAUCAUCGUGAAUCACAUGGUGCGGCUGGCGGGCUUGCGCUUCUCGCCCGGCCCGGGCGGCCCUGCGGACCGCCAGCUGAGGAGCGCGCGCGAGAAGCUCUUUUAUAUUGGCCUAUAG